UUUUCUGCAGAUUAGAUGUUUCCAUUACCAACCAUGUCAUCCAAUAAAAGUAUUUGUUUCGAAUUAUGUUCGUUCUGUUUCCAACAAGUAGCUUUUUAAACGUUUAGUAGAUGAAAUAUUCACUCUAUUCUCUACUAUAUCUGAUUAUUUGCUUAGAGAAUGCUUCUUUUUCGACUCAAAAUUACAAUAAAAUUGCUCGCAAACGAAGAGUAAUCCUACAAGGUACAGGAACCCAAACAUCGCCCUCUUUAGAGAUUGAAUCAGUAGUUAGCAAAGAUGAUCAAGAAAAAGACAAGAAAGCGGCUGAAGCUAUCAAUCGUUUUGUACUUGAUAUCCUGGAGAAGGUCUCUAAAGUUGGGGACAUGAAGAAAAGCCUUGGACUAGACAAGAAAUUUAAUAUUGGAUCAAUGUCAUUCAAGCCUCACGAUGACCAGAUGAGAGAGGAACUGAUAAAAGAUGUGAACAACAUGAAUGCAUGCAUCAAUCGACUGUUUGAGAGUGUAUUUUUAAACUCGUCCUCAUGCGGCCCCCUACCAAAUGAAUUUUCCAAAUUUCUCAAUUGGCUACUAAAAGACGGUGCUUCUAAAACUGAAGUGUGUUUUGGCACUAAAAAACCAAUGAAGUUGACAAAAAAAGAUUUGAAAAUCUGUCUUGAGUAGAGAUGAUUAGGGUUUAGUAAUAAAUUACUCGAGAAGUUUCUGCUAUGUUCAAAUGAUACCUUUACAAAAAAUUGAGUACUAGUACAGUGUGGGGCUGAGCCGAUUGACGAGUUUGGAAGGGUUAUAAGUAAUGAACUGUUCAUCUUAGAAAACAAUUCUUUAAUGGGUUCAAUUCAGUUUCAAAUGUAGUGUUUUUAUUGCAAAUUUUUCGGAAAUUAUAUCAGUUGAAUGGCGGCCAUAAGCAGCAAUAUACUAAUAUAGCGUAUUUUUUAAGUUUUAAAACGCAUUUUGGCACACCGCGAUUGGUAAGGCCUGGACCUCUUCUCUGAUUCGCUCCUUUAGCUCUUCCAAGGUGUUUGGGUGAUCUUUGAAAAGUUUAUUUUUUAAGUAACCCCAUAGAAGAAGAUCUCAUAUUCUUAAAUCGGGUGAGCGUGCCGGCUACCUCAAGUCCACCCUCAGUAAGAUAAGUCGCCCUGGGAACAUUGGGAACAUUUGUCUCAACACAUUCAUUGAAAUGAGCCCUGUGUGGGCUAUAGCUUCAUCUUGCUAAACCAUAUUUCUCCCAAGUCAUGUUCCUCAGCAAGUUCUUCCAAUUUGGUGCGCAGAAACGUUCAUAGAAUUGUCACAUUCAUAACGCUGGGAGGAGACAAUCACGGUGAUGUUGCCAUUGUCAAAGAGCUGUGGCUAGCACGCUCACCCGAUUUAAGAAUAUGCGAUAUUUUUCUAUGGAGUUACCUCAAAAAUAAAGUAUUCAAAGAUUGCCCACACACCUUGGAAGAACUAAAGGAGCGGAUUAGAGAAGAGAUCCAGGCCUUACCAAUCACAGUGUGCCAAAAUGCGUUCUAGAACUUCGAAAAUACGCUACAUCAGUGUAUUGCUGCUUAUGGCCGCCAUUUAAUUGAUAUAAUUUCCAAAAAAUCAACAAUAAAAACUUUAUUUCAAACUGAAUUGAACCCAUUAAAGGAUUUUUUCCAAGUUGAACGGUUCAUUACUUAUAGCUCUACCAGAUUCGUCAAUCGGCUCUGCCCCACUCUGUAGAAGGUCAAGAAGAACCUAUUCCGAUUUGGAAUAUCUGAGCUUGAACAAUUUCAAUCUUUAUGGGAAAGGAUUUUUCUGAAUAAACUUCUUUUGACAAGAAUAAUUAUAAUUCUUCACUCUGUAAAAUCAUCACGAUUCUGGAUCUAUAACAACA